CCUCUUCUUCAAAAACCCUAGAAAGCUCAUUUCGCAGCAGCCCCCUCUUCGUUUGCCACUUUGAUCGAGCGAAACUCCAAAUCACAGAACCAUGCCGCCGAAGUUGGACCCGAGCCAGAUCGUCGAUGUGUACGUCCGUGUAACCGGAGGAGAAGUCGGAGCCGCCAGUUCUCUAGCUCCAAAGAUUGGUCCUCUCGGUCUCGCACCAAAGAAGAUCGGAGAAGACAUCGCGAAAGAGACGGCCAAGGAAUGGAAAGGACUUCGUGUUACCGUGAAGCUGACGGUUCAGAAUCGUCAAGCUAAGGUGACCGUGGUUCCAUCUGCUGCAGCUCUCGUCAUCAAGGCGUUGAAGGAGCCAGAGAGAGACCGCAAAAAGGUGAAGAACAUUAAGCAUAAUGGUAACAUCUCUUUCGAUGAUGUGAUUGAGAUUGCUAGGAUUAUGAGGCCUAGAUCUAUUGCUAAGGAGCUGAGUGGGACUGUGAGGGAGAUUCUUGGGACGUGUGUCUCUGUGGGAUGCACUGUUGAUGGGAAAGACCCGAAGGAUCUUCAGCAGGAGAUUCAAGAAGGUGAGAUUGAUAUUCCUGAGAACUAAAGGAACAAUGGAAUUUGAAAUGAUGUUGUUAUCUCUUUCUCCUUUUACCCUAUUUUGUUUUUUGUUUGGGAACUUAGCUGCUAUGAUGUUUCACUUAGAAUGACUCAGUUUUGGAUUAUUAUUCUCUGUUUCACAAUCCAAUCUCAAUUUAUUGUCUUUUGUGUUGAGGUUUUUAGCUGAAAUGCUUUAUAUUUUGGCUUGUAUGUCUGAAGUUUAGAACCUGAAAUUGUGCUCAAAAGUUGGGUGCUUGAUCUGUAUGGGAUGUGAUUGUUGGAGAUA